AUGAGUAAAUUAACAAAAUCAGAUCUUUAUCAAGCUUUAUUUCCUAUUUAUCAUCUCAGUAAAGUACUCGGUCUGCUACCAGUAAGAUUAGUACGACAACGAAGUGAUCGUUUUAUUGGAAAUAUUUAUAUUAUUGAUAUAGUUUACAGCGUUUGCCUGCUCGUAUUUUUUACAGUUGCCGAAGCAUGGGGUCUCUGGAGAGACCUCAGAGACGGCUGGGAAAACAGUACAAGAUUGAAACAUCAAACAGCAUUGAAUAUCACCAUAGGCGACGUUACUGCUGUCGCACUUUUAGCCGCUGCUGGAGUUCUAGGCGCGCCAUUCAGAUGGAAAUACAUUCGUGAAAUAAUGACACGACUUAUUCAUGCAGAUGAGCGUCUUGGAUUCAUUACUCCCAAGAAAACCCAGAGAUUCGCAAUAAUUUUGUCAUCAUGUACGAUGAUAUUUUUUAUAACUCUCGCAUGCCUGGACAUUUACUCAUGGGACCUUCAGACUAAAAUGAAACGUAAAAUGCCAGACAAAGGACCAAUUAAUUAUUCACCUCUUUAUUUUUUUUAUCUCCAAGCGUUAUUAAUAGAGAUACAGUACACAAUAGCGACCUACAAUCUGAACCAACGUUUUGUUCGGCUCAAUAAAAAUCUUGAAAAUUUAUUGAAGAGCAGCAAAAAUUAUUUGCGCAGAGACAUUGACCUUGUGAGCGAGCUGUCGGAUAAAGAUAAAUUUCCAAUGACUAUUUUGAGGUCAGAAACAAGUGGUGGCAGUAAUAAACAAGACCAAAGACUCUUUCGGACUCCAAAAAUAUCCGGCUGGACAGUUGAAGAGCGCGAAUCGCGCGACGUGAUGGACACAGUGGCCCAGCUAAUUACCAUCCAUUCGUCACUCUGCGAUGUAAAUAUUCUUAUAAACAAAGCAUUUGGAUUGCCAAUGCUCGUCGUCGCAAUUACAGCUCUGUUUCAUCUGAUAAUAACUCCGUAUUUUUUAUUGAUGGAGGCUACCAGCGACAAAGAAACUCUAUUUAUAAUCGUCCAAUGUUUAUGGUGUGUUCUUCAUGUCUAUCGUGUUGUCGUAGUGGUCCAGCCGUGUUACUCGACAACAAACGAGUCCCAAAAAACAGCGAUUCUCGCUAGUCAAUUACUAACAUACUCAUGGCAACCGGAAAUUCGAAAGCAGCUUGAAGUAUUUUCACUCCAAUUAUUACACCGACCGCUUCAUUUUACAGCCUGUGGGCUUUUUUCACUGGACCGCGCACUUAUUACCUCGGUAAAAUAA